AUGAGCGAGCUCACACGGAGUCGUACCCUGAACAACGCUGUCACGGACGAGAACGCCAGCAGAAGUGUGGGAAGGGCUAAGACGAUCGCCGGGGCAUCUCUGGGUGCCCAAAGGAAGGCACUAGGUGAGGUCAGGAACUGGCAAACGCAAUCGCAGGACGAUGCUAAAAUAGAGACGACCUCGACGCAAGAGGUACGAUCGCAGAGGGACUGGGAACUUGAGGGACCCAGCCGGAAAAAGAGGCAAAUAUACAUGAGUGACGAUGAGAGCGAGAGUGACGACGAGAGCCAAGGUUCCGGCGCGUCAACUAGCUCAACAAAAAGGCCCCGCCUCGAAGAGGGCCCAGCACACCGUGCUCUCCAGUCGUGGAGAGAUUUGGACAGGGACGAGAAGGACGACGUUUGCAUGGUAUACGAGUACACUGACGAUAUUUUCGACCAUCUAUACCAACGGGAGAAACAGACUACCCCGACCUACAACUACCUGACGGCCACAGAUUCCCCACAGUACUUGCGCCCAUCCCUCAGAGCUAUCCUUAUUGAUUGGCUUGUUGAAGUGCACCAAAAAUUCCAGCUUCUGCCAGAAACCCUUUAUCUGGCCAUAAAUGUCAUGGACAGGUUCAUGUCUAUGCGCAAAGUCUCCAUGGCAAAACUACAGCUCCUUGCUGUCAGCAGUCUUCUGAUAGCUGCGAAGUUCGAGGAGGUAAACCUGCCUAAGCUUUCACAAUACGCAUACAUCACGGACGGAGCGUGCAGCAGCCAGGAUAUCAAAGACGCAGAGAUGUACGUGCUUACAACACUAAAGUUCAACAUAGGCUGGCCCAACCCGCUCAAUUUCUUGCGUAGAAUUUCGAAAGCUGACAACUACGACGUGCAAGCCAGAAGCGUUGCCAAGUUUUUUUUGGAGUAUGCUAUGUGCUGCCCUAAGUUCGUAGACAUCAUACCGUCUCGUGUCAGCGCCAUGGCCAUGUUCUGCGCAAGGCAAUCGUUAGACAAGGACGAUAAGUGGGAUUCUACAUUCGAGCACUACAGCGGUGGUGUCGACCCCUUAAAUGAGCCGGAGUUUCAAGAUUUAUGCCGAGACCUGAUUAAGGAGAUCUCCAAACCCACUACUCAGUUGAAAGCACUGGAAGCCAAGUACAGUAGCAAACAGAUGGGCAGUGUGUUUGAGCCAGCCAAAAUAUGGUGUGAUCUGAUGGUCGCUAGCAAGUUCGAAGAUCUAUUCUGA